AUGAUUUGGAAUGAGGCAGUCAAUGAUGAAGCUUCAUGUAAACGGAAAAUUUACUGCCCGCAAUUGAUGGUUAUGGAUAUCAACAACGAGCCUCUCUACGCUAAAUGCAAAAAAAGAAUGCGGAAAGCUGAAGCUAAAAUGGUCUUUAAUGUUAGUACGAUGUCAUCAUUGCCUUCUGAGAAAGACAUAUUUGCUGCGUCAGUGAUUCAUAAUUUUCCUCGAAAUGGAGGAAAUGUAACUUAUGGCGAUGUUCUUUUGGAGUAUACUCCACAACCAAUACCAUCAGAUAGUAUGAGGAUACGCUUGUAUGUCGCGUUUCCUUCAGACAAAAAAGAGUGGUUCAACCAGGAAUGUUUGCAACGUGCUGGAUUAAUUGGAUUAUUAGUUCAAACAUUCAUUACUAUUGAGCUGAGCAAUUUCAAUAAUGGCAGCACAGAUGAUCUGCGCCCCUAUAUCCCCUUUUUAGAUGACUAUUGGGCAGAACAGUUAGCAGAAAUUCCGAUGGAAGACCGAACGAUGACAUCGGGAGCUUAUGUCGCAAUAUCUGAACCACAGUUCACAGAGAUGAUACCAUCUGUAGCACUUUUACAAUUAGAUAAAACAGCUGCUGAAUUAGCUCAUGAACGUCAUCUUGCAAAGUAUAUUCGUAGACGCCUUUCCCUCCUUGGUCAGUUGGAUGCCAACAAGUUGCUCCAUCUGGUUUUCCUCCUUUCACCGCAAAAGAGUGAUGGAACAGUAGAAAAGGACAAAAUCGAAACAAUACUUGACGUGAGUGUCAUAAAAUCUGCUGCCUUCCACUAUAUGCCUGCAGUUGCAUCCAAUGUGCAUCGUUUUUUACGGAAUGUAAAUCAUGAAAGUAAUCUACCAACUCAUCACUGUUGGCGUGUGGCGAGUUGGCAAGAUGAUGCAUAUAUACUGCAGCAUACAAGGGGUGGUGUCGUUGCAUCUUAUUUGGGUGCUGUUUUGCAUGAAGUCGGUCAUCUGUUCAAAAUUCCUCAUACUAAUUCUGGAAUCAUGUGCCACGGAGGUGAAAAUAUUCAAACGUUUUUCUUGCCUGCUAAAAAGCUAAAUCUCGGUUUUCCUUUGAAAAAAUUUCCAGCGCUGCAAAGAAGUGAGGAUGUACAUAUUUUCAAAAUUAAAGUUCAGCGUGAAGUCGUGUUCAAACAAAUCAUGGACAGUUUGCUCGAUUCCACAACAAAAUUGCUGAUGACUGUCCAUCCUUUAAUCACACACAAACCACGCAAAACAAUGUGUCAGAUUUCAUAUAAUGAGAAUACUGGCGUUGUGGAAGUAGAGUCAGGAGUGCGUUAUUUGGUCUAUUAUACAAAUAACGAUAUCAAACGUAUUUGUUCAUUUACGGAACAACGUAUGAAGAAAAGAGUGGUUUUGAAGACGAAGGGACCACCAAUUCGAGCUUUAAUUGUUACUGGCGAGGGUAAUUUUUUAUCAGUUCUUGUGACAAAUGCUUUAUGA